AUGGUCCUUAACAUGAGCAACGUGAGAAAAUUAUCUCGUUCUUUUUUUUUUUGCAGAAGUUCCAUCAUAUAUGAUAUAUGAUAACGUGUGGAAUGGUAUUAGAAAAAAAAAUUCGAAGUAGUGAAUACCCAAAAAAAUUUUUUUAAAGAAAAAAACUUCUUCAUCUGUUUUUAGCGUUGAGGAUUUUAACAUAAUUUCAGAUCUCACUGAAAUUUUAAAAAAAUUCGCCAUGAAAAUGGACUUCAACUUUUUGCGUUAUUGUUGAAUUUUUCAUAAAUUUUUGAUGACAAAACAGGUCAUUAAUAAAGACAAUUAAUUCAAAAAAAUUUGCUAAAAGGAUGAAAAAUCGAGUUCAGACUCCUAUAACAGUCUUUUUUUGUUAUUAUGCAUUUUUUUAAAUUUUGAAAAACAGUUUUUAAAAUUACAUUUUUUUGCAAAUCCGAAAUUAUUCAAGUUUCAUUCGAUUAAGGGCACAUCUGGCCAAGUAUAGACUUUUUAUAAACUUCAUUUAUCAUUAAAAAGUCAUUUUAGCUGGCCUAAAAUAAUUUCUAUAAAACAGAUAAGAAUCUUUAAUUUUACUAAUUUUUUUGUUGACAUUCACUUGAACUUUUUCUGAAGCCAGUGGAAAAUAAACUAAACUUCUAUUUGGUAUUUUCAAUGUUAGAUUAUUUUUUGGAAGCUUUUGAACUUGCUUUUUCGGGAUUUUUUUCAAAGUUUUUUUUUUGAAACUCAAACGUUCCACUUUCAAUGACUAUUGGUUAUUGGUCAUUUUUCUCUCUGUCCCCACACAGAGAAGAAAAAAAAAAGAACUGGUAACCGGAACGGAUUACGUGUCCGUUCGCCGCACGCAGUACCGAUGGUUUAGCUGCCGGUCAUCAAAAAGUGGGCGGAGUCUGGACAGGCCCUCCGGCGGCCCGAUCGUUCCCCAACCGAGAUCGCCAUGGGCUCGCCGUCGCCGCCGCUCCGGAAGAAGAAGCCCUACAAGGAGCUGACCCUCGAGCAGAAGGUCGAGCUCAUCCGACUGGCCGAGACCAACUCGGCCCUCAGCCAGGCUUCCAUCGCCGACCGCUACGCCAUCGCCAAAAGCAACGUCUGUCGGAUUUCUGCAACGGAAAGAGGAGUACCUCAGGGCCUUCCACAGCGAGAGAUUCUCAGUCUGUCGCAAGAGGAAGCUCAAAGAUAGUUAGUUUUUGGAAGCGAAGAGCCAUGACAUGCCUCAAAAUGAAGCUUUUUAUUUUGAUCCUAAAAGUUUCGCUUUUUGUUAGCUUCUGAAUUUUACAAUAUUUUAUGUUUUUUCAAAGAUCUGGUUUUUAGUGCUUUUUUUUGCUCCUCGUUUUAAAAUUAGAAUCACAUCCACCUACAAUUUUUUUCAAUUUUCGAGCCUUCAAGCUGAAGUUACAGUUUUCAAUUUUUUUAUAAUAACCUAACCAGGGUGAGCAAAUUUGUUCAUUUUUUUCUGUUAUUAUAAAAAAAUAACUGCCAAGAUGAACUCGAGGUUUCUAGCGUUACAUUGACGAUCUCGCAAUUCGGAAAUUUUCGAAUCGCGAGAGAAACGCGAUGUCGCGCCUAGAGGAAUGCGAUACCCGCGUGAACACAGAGCGACAAUUUCCUUAGUUUACCGCGAGCGAUAUCGCAUUUCUCUCGCGCCAACUCGGUAGUUAUCAUUGAGAAAUGACGAUGGAGCUCGUUUUUUUUAUUUCAAAAAUCUCUUCUGAUUUGAAUUUUGGUCAAAACUAACCCUAGUUUUUCGUAUUUUCUGAUUUUCAACUCCAUUUUGAGUGAUUAGAAGAAAUUAAAUAAUUGUAACCUUGGGAUAAAUAAUAUCUCUGACUCUCCAAAAUGCAGUUAUCUUUUUCAUUCUCUGACGGCUCUUUCUUGGAAUCGCUUUGAAUACGCCGAAGCUUUUUUUCUCUCACAAAAAUCAUUUUUUGUGGUCAAAUAUAACCCCUAGCCCUCUCCUAUUUUUGAUGUUCAGCUUCAUUUUGAGAAAUAGGAAGAAAUAAAUUAAAUUCAACCUGGAAGCUCCCGGAUUUAAUACCAGCCGUGCAUCUUGUUGAUUGUUUUCGGGUUGCUCUCGUGCACUUUUCUCGGGUUCCGUGUCCUGUUUGCUUUCGACACCUUUUCUCUCAUCAAAUCCAAUCACACUUUGACCCUUGCUCGGAAAGGACACAAUACGGCGGUUCCCCCCUUUUCGCUGUUCCUUUUCUUCGAAUUUAGCAGCAAAAAAUUGAGUUGUCUUGGUGAGGUCACAAGUUGCGAGUAGAAAGGUUGGAAUGGAGUAAACACCUUUUCAUGCAAUAUUUUCUGCUCUAAACUCGUUUUUCUUUCAUUUUUUGCACGGCUCAUUGAUAUUCAGCUGCGGAAAGUUUGCAUCGAGCAGUAGGAAAUUUUUUUUAUUAUUGAAGUCGAGGCUGAAAGUAAUAGAAAUUUGGAAAGUUCAAGGAAAACGCUUUUUUAAGAAUUCCAUUGAUUGGCUCUUUAAUAUUGAAUUUGAACAAGCGAAUUUUCAUGAGGUCCAAAUUUGAAAAAAAUCAAAAAGUCUGAAGUGGAGCAAAUAUGCGUUUUCGAAUUUUUAUAUAGAAACAUAAUUUUUUUUCCCGUUAUCAGUCUGACAGGGUCUACAUAUCUUCCAAAAUUGAGUUAAAUCAGAACCUUCAAAAUUUCUCACCUUUGAAAAACUAUAACUUUUUUCACAGACCUCCCCGCCAAUUUUUCGAAAACAAAUUUAAAAUCAGCGUGAAAAGCUACCUAGAAAACCAUCAAGAAGUCCCACUGCAACCGGAGACCAUUCCCUGGUUAGGCAAAAUUUGUUCUGAACAGCAAAAUCAAGGACUUUCACAGGAUUUGAGAAACAGUAUGCGAGAAAGAGAGGUUCAGACAUUUUUGUAGUAAUUUUGGUUCUAACAUGUGAGUAGUUGAUGAAUGGACUACAGGGCAUAGAAGAAAAGCUACUCGAAAGCUUUCAAGUUAGGGCUUUUUUGAAGUUCCGUCAAGUUAUCUAUCAGUAGGUUUUAAAUAAACUAACUUCAGAAAAGAUACAUACAAAAAUAAAUUCUGCUCACAAUUUCCUCGUAUGGAGCUCAAUUUUCUUGGAAUUCAAUGAAAUGGAAUGUGUCACAAAUAAAAGUCAUCACAAUUCCAGAAGGUUUCGAAAAGAUUAAACUCCAUACAAGAAAGUUGUGAUCAAAACCGUUUUUUCGUAUUUUGUCCCACGGAAUAGAACUUCGAAAAUCCAUAAUCUCUGAUAAUUUUGCAGGCAAUGAAUCGCUGCGGACGCACAUGUACAAGCAUCACCGGAUCUCGCGGAUGUUCAUGUGUCGCUGUUGUAAUUGGGCCUUUUCCGACAAGACUUCAUUGCAUGAACAUGUUCAGGUCAUUCUUUUGAACUGAUAAUUCAUGACUUAAUAUUUUUUUUUUUUGACUUUUGGUUUGACUCGGAGUACCUAUUUUUGGCUUUACUAGGGAACGUUUUUUUAAGAAAAAAUAGAUAUAUUUAUUUACUGGUCGCAUUUGGAAUGACUCAACGCGUAGCUGCUGCGACGGCGCUAAUUCAAAACUCAAAAUUAUCAUUUUUAGAACAUCAAGGAGGGAAAAAUUGCCUCAAACAAGCCCCUGAUACUUCCAACUGCUUCAGAAUCGACUUCUGCCCCGACUUCUGGUGGGUUUUUCUUCAAAAAUAAUAAGAGGAAGCUUAACUGCUUCCAGUAAAGGAUGUAAUUUUAUCGGAAUUGAGAAAAAAAGAAAAAAAGUUUUUUUAUAGGGAAGAUCGGUUUUUUUAUUUGCAGCAUCACAGCCUUAUGUGUCAAAAAUCAACAAAAAAAAAGUCGGAGUGCCAAAAAGAUGUAGUGGAACUGUAAUGUCAUGUAGUGAGUUUUAAUUGCAAAAAUAAAGUCGGAAAAUUUCAAACGAUUUUUCGCGGAUAUCCUUUAACAUUAUUAUAGACCUCUAGUCGCUUUUAAAGUUUUGAGAGCCCUAAUAAAACCCCUUGGAAGAAGCUUCCAAUUAUCAACCACUAAAGUGGCCACUAAUACGACUAGGUAGCCACCAAAACGUCAAACCCUAAAGAGGCCACUACAAUUUCCCCCCCCUUGCACUAAAACUUAUUUUUCAGAAUCACAUAGAAUGAAAUCAUUCGACUGAUUUUAACAGCAUUGACUUGAUGAAACGAAGAAAAUUGAUUAAAGUUGAGUGAAACCGUAAUGCGAUAGAAUAGUGCAAAAGAAAACUUUGGAAAUUCUUCACGAAAAAACUGACUUUCAUUGAAAAAAGGAAUUUUCAUUGAAAUUUUCUAACAUCACAUUCUACUUGGGAGAUUUUUGAUAGAGAUUUACAAAAAUCUAAGUUUGAGUGCAAAAAAGGAUUUUUUACCUGCAUAGGCUGUUUAGUUAUGGUGAGAAAAAAUAUAUUUGAGAUAUAAAGAUUAUCAACUUAUCUAAUUUAUAGUGAUCCGAGCGCCGGUUUCCCUUCAAUCGCCCUUGAAUUCGCUUUUCUCCUUAUCCGGCGACCUGAGGGAAAGAUUCCUGUUGACUCAGCUUCUCGUCCAACAAUCCCAACUUUUUCCAGCACCCUGUAAUUUUGCAGAAGAUUUUUCUCGAUUUAGCGGUUUUUUCAGUGCCCAAUCCGUUUGUUCCAAGUCUGGAAAGUGUGAAAAUCCAGAGGAAUUCCACGGAAAUCGAGACGGAGGCCAAGGAAAGGAGUUUUGAAGGAGUUCGGCCGGAUAGGUACUUCAUUUUUUAAGUAGAAAAAGUUUUUUUAAAAUCAUUGUUGCUACUAACAAGUCUGACCUGUCUGUUCUCACUUCUCUCUCACCGUUGAGGUCAUGAAAAUUGGAAAUAGCAUGCAAAAAGGAGAGAGAAGAGGAAGCGAGAAAUCAGACUUUUUCAAGGAAAACGUUCAGCAUCAGACAUGAAUGAACUCUAACAUGGAAAAAAAUAAGUCCUUUCAAAGUGGAAUUCCCUUAAGUGGCCUCUAAAGUGGCUUCUAAAGUGAAAUUCCCUUAAGUGGCUUCUAAAGUGAAAACCCCUUAAGUGGCCUCUAGAGUGGAUUUCCCUUAAGUGGCCUCUAAAGUGGGAUUCCCUUAAGUGGCCUCUAAAGUGAAACUCCCUUAAGCGGACUCUAAAGUGGAAUUCCCUUAAGUGGCCUCUAAAGUGGAAUUCGCUUAAGCGGACUCUAAAGUGGCAUUCCCUUAAGUGGCCUCUAAAGUGGAAUUCGCUUAAGUGGCCUCUAAAGUGGCAUUCCCUUAAGUGGCCUCUAAAGUGGAAUUCGCUUAAGUGGCCUCUCGCUGUCCGACGAAGACGCCUCGAACUGCUCGAUAAAGAACUUCCACGCCUCGCCGUCGUCGUCGCGGUCCGAACCCAGCGCCUUCCAGCCUCUCCAGAAGCUGUCGAUGUGUCCCUCGCCGACGCCUUCUGCGACCAACACGUCUUCCGCCUCGACGUCUUCUCCGUCCUCCGUCAGUCCCCAGGAGUCUUCCGCCUGCUUCGAGUGCGAAGAUCUCCGGACCAAGGUCAAGGCGGCCGAAAGUCGGACCAGCUUCUUGGAGGCUCAGGUCGAGGUUCUGAAGGUGGGAAUUGGAUCAAGAAAAAUAUUGUAAGCCCAAGAAUCAGUUCUUAAGUUUUUCAAGACUUUUGAGAUUUUCCGUGACUUGAAUUAACAGAUAAAACGGCCUUUCGCUUUGAGAUCUGUUAAGAAAACUGUCUAUGCUCCUUUAAAAUCGUCAGUCUUUUUUAGAGCUUUUGAGCAAUGUUUUAUUCUAAAACAAAUAUAAAUCAGACUCUCAUAAAUAUUAUUUAGUAAUCUCCAUAAUCAGAAACUUUUUUUGACAGUCUAAAAAAAUAAUAAGCAAUCUUUAGAAUUUAAAAAAAAACAUUUUUCAUUAUUUUGCUCAUUUUUGGGCAGAAAAAUUAAUUUUAACCAGACUUUGACCUCAAACUCCAUAAUUGACGGUUUUAGCUUUCAAAAAUUCAAAUUUUUUUCAUUUUUUUCGUCAUUUUAAAAAAAUAUUUUUUUACUUGUCAUAGUCUUAGGACGCCUUCUCUAAAUGAGCUUUUUAUUAAAAAUCACUAUGAUUUUUUUCAAAAAAAUAGUUAAAAAAAUCGAUUUAUUCUUUUUUUGUCCCUUUUUAAUCGUUUUGAAGAGGUUGGUUUUCCAAUCUUCUGGGGUUCACUAUCCUUUUUUUCAUUACAUUUUAUCCCAAUAAUUUUUUUUCAAAUCAUUAUUAGGAAAAAAAGAAAAAUAAUUAACUUAACAUUGCAGUUUCAAAGCUAUUUUUUAUUCUAAUGCUUUUUCAAUUAUGUUCGUUUGAAAUCCAGUGUUCUUUCUCCUACACACCAUUCUGGCCACUUCGGUGGUCCCUUAUUUCGGAGCCUCGUUUUUUUUCUUACAAACCACCCAUAAAUCAUCUGUUUUUUUCCGCUCAAAAUUGUGAUUUUUGAGACGGAGCUGGCUCAGACGAGGUCCCAAUUGUCGGUUUCGGAGCUCGCCGUGAGCAAUUCCCAGAUGGAGACGCAGCUCCUGCGGCAGCACAACGAAAUGUUCCAGAGGAGGCUUCUCGAGUGCCAGGUUUCGAGAUAAGAUUGAAAUGCACGCGAAAAGUCAGAAAAAAACACUGGGCACGUCAAUCAAAAGUACGGGGGUCCAAGUUCAAGAGGUUUAAUAAGUUUUGUCUCACCGAAAAUCGGGGAAAAAACAGAGAAAUUUGAGCUUGCAGGCAAAAAAUGCCUGGAAAGUAUGUCCUUGAGACAUCAGCCCCCUACUUUUGAUUAGAAAAAUAUUUUCUUUCACUAAAAAUCAGUGAAAAGACAGAGUUUCAAAAUUAUUGCGUAAAUGUGCCCCACGGAUAGAUUUCGCAUUAAAAUGAACUCUUUUUUUCUAAGAUUUUAUUUUUUUGAAAGAUCAAAUUUUUUUCUAACCAAAAAAAUCGGUUAGAAAAAGAAACUCUGAAAAAAAGUAUUCUGAAGAUUUUAACCUUAAAGCUUGAAAUUCUCGUCUAAUGUGCUCCACGGAAAAAAAUCUUAUCCAGUGUGAUUUUCAAAAAUUGCAUGCAACAUAUGUUGUGUCUGAAUAAUUGUAAUUUCAAAAAAAAUUUCAAAGUUUUCACAAGUUUUUAUCAUUUCCAGGGGCUUAAGAUAUCUUUCCUCAAGUUCAAUUAAUAAUCAAGACAUCUUCAAUUUUUAAUUCAGAGCCGGGUUCAAAAGUCUAGAAAGUUUCCCCUCCAAAAAAUAGAAGAAAAAACUUUAGAACUUUAAAAGGUAAAAAAAAAACCCGAAAAAUCAACUUUCAACGGCUGUAUACUUGCUUGCGUUACAUAAGAACUUCAAAAAAAUCUUUCAUUAAAAAAAUUUAAAUUUAUUUUUUUCCACAGAACCUUCCUAGUUUCGGCAUAUCCCCACAAACUUCCUUGAAAAAAAAGCUUAUUUUUGUCCAAUUUCUAUGGAUAAGGAUGUAUUUCCAAUGCUAACAUCUUUAUUUUUCGAAUGAAUUUGACGUGUAGGAGGCCAGUAAAACUACAUAAUCCUAAGAUCUUCCCUAUAAGGAAGUGAAACUCGCAACUUCUUUUUCUGAUCCUUGUAUUUUUGGUCUCACUUUUUUUCUUUCGAAAUUGGUCUCAAUGAACUGGAGGGAAUUUAUAUUCAUGACACAUACGUGCAGAAGGUUUGUAGGACCUGAAAAAGACAAGGAAACAGGCUCUUCGAAUUUAUAAUUUGCUUUGUUGUUUUUUUUUUGGAAAUUGGUCUAUUGAACUCAAUCUAGUGAGGAUUUUUGAACAAUCUAUAAAAAAAAGAACUUUUUUUUUCAAAAUUUCAAUAGGAAAAAUUGCGAAACGAUUACUUUUACUGCCCUUGAAAACGAGCUUGGGGGCCUCACGGGCUGGCCCGCGAUUUGAUGCCCCGGGGCGACCCGACUCGAAAACUUGAAAAUGAGUAAAAAUGUAGAAGAUGAGGGGAAAAACUGCUGAAAAAUAAGAAAACCAGAAUUUUCCCGACUUGAAAAGCCAGAUGAGUAGAUUUGCAAGGGUGAAGCGUUGCGUGUGCGUCGCGACUUUUGGGGUUUUUUCUCGAGAAAUUUAAAAAAAAAAAUAGGUUUUUAUUAUCAUUAUACUUUUAUUCCAUCUACUUAAUCUUUUCAAACCUCUAAAAAAUUACAGCUUAUUGAUAAACUUUCCAAAAAAAGGAGAAAAAUAGAGAUUCCCGUUUGACCUCAAGUUUCCCGCCAGAAGCCGCGUCGCACACGCAACGCGUCACCCUCUCCAAUCUGCCCAUCUCGCCUUCCAAGUCGGGAAGGAUUGACUAUAUCAUUAUACUCAAUGCAAACUCCAACAACUAAUCUAUCUUUCAGGCCCUCGCCGUGCAGUUCCUGCAGUCGGGAAUCGAGCGGACGCCUUCUGCAGCCGACGUCGCCGGCCUUCUGAAUCAGAUCGUCGCCGCCACGAUCGUCCGAUGA